GGGUUAGUAUCUUUGUAGUUUGUGACCAGCAUGGCAACUUGAACCUAUGGCAACUGCCAACUAUCAAUGUACAAUAAUUACGAAAAAAAACAUCUUAUCCCAUCACACUGUACAGCACAAAAUUAUUGAAAUUGUAAUAUUUAACUUCUUUCUGAUCGUUUGUGCUAAAGCCAAAUCCUAUUCAGAUCUAAAAUAGUGCCAAUAAACAAAUUAUGGCUUCAUUUAAAUUUAAUUUUUCAAAUACUGAAGAUAUAUUAGAAACUCAAGAUGAGAAAGAAAUCGUUUGGUUGAGCAGUGAAGAAAUUGUUCCCGGCAAUCAAAUCAAAAGUCUCGAUGAGGUGGUUACACAUGCUAAAAUGUUUACAUGUGGUGAGGUAGAAAUUGGGCAUGUUUUAUUCAAUAUCGAGACUUUUUCGAAAGAAUCCAGUUUGAAGAAUUUAAUUGAAUUUUCCGAGAAUAAACAUAGUGACCUUGUUACUGGAAAAUAUGAAGGUGGCCUUAAAAUAUGGGAGUGUACAUAUGAUUUAAUUGAAUACUUUGAAACAUAUCCUGAUGAAAUAAACUUUAAGGAUGUAAAAGUCUUAGAUCUAGGAUGUGGUGCUGGAAUCUUAGGAAUAUAUGCAUUUACAAAAAAGGCAUUUGUGACUUUUCAAGAUUAUAACAAAGAAAUUUUGGAACACUGUACAAUACCAAAUGUUCUUCUUAAUAUAGAAGAAGAAGAGAGAGAAGAUGAAAUAAAAAGGUGCAAAUUUUAUUCUGGAGAUUGGGCAUCAUUUGAUGAACUACUCGAAGAAUCAGAAGUAUUUGACAUUAUACUCACAUCUGAGACUAUUUAUAAUCAACAAAAUUACAAAAAACUGAUAUCCCUUUUUCAAAAUAGGUUACGUGAUAAUGGAAAUAUAUUUGUUAGUGCCAAAACCUAUUAUUUUGGUGUGGGUGGUGGAACAAGACAAUUUGAAGCAGCUAUCGAGAAUACAAAUUUAAAAAGCAAAGUAGUCUUAAAAAGAAAUACUGGUAUUCAAAGAGAAAUCCUAAAAAUAAAUAAAUCAUAAUGAUUAAUCUUU